AUGGUCGGACGUUGGACUACUACAGCGGCCAUUGGUCUGCUCGCUGUGAGCACAAACGCAUCUCCACUGGAAUCUGUGAAACGACAAUCGGAAGGUUACCGAACACCAUCAUUCGACUUUGGUGGACAAAAAGUCCGUGGAGUCAACACUGGUGGCUGGUUUGUGCUUGAGCCUUGGAUCACUCCCAGCAUCUUCGAAGGCAACGGCGCAGUUGAUGAAUACACACUUGCUGGAGCAAUGGGCAGGGACGCAGCAGAAUCCAUGCUGCAAAACCACUGGAACACAUGGUACACCCAGGACGACUUCAAGCAGAUGGCUGCCGCCGGUCUCAACAUGGUCCGAAUUCCCAUUGGCUGGUGGAGCGUACUUCCACGUGACGACAUGCCAUAUAUUGCUGGAGCCUACGACAAGCUUGGCGAAGCCCUUGACUGGGCGGGAGCCGCAGGUCUUAAGGUCAUGAUCGAUCUCCAUGGCGCACCCGAGUCGCAGAACGGCUUCGAUAACUCGGGCAAGCGCGGCUCGGUUGGCUGGACUCAAGGCGACUCAGUCGACUACACCAAGAAAGUGCUGAACAAGCUCCGCGACGACCAUGCAUCACACCCUGCUGUUGCCGCUAUCCAGCUCCUAAACGAGCCUCUGGGCCCGGCCCUGGACAUGAACACUGUCCGACAAUUCUACAUGGAUGGCUGGGGUAACCUACGAGACUCUGGUGUUGCUGUGACGUUCCACGAUGCCUUCCAAGGCGUGACUUCGUGGAACGAGUGGGGUAGCGGCAUGUGGAACUUGCUUCUCGACACCCAUCACUACGAAAUCUUUGACAACUCGGCCGUUGCCAUGAGCGUCGACGACCAUGUCAAGACUGCUUGCGGCUUUGGUAGGCAAAUGGCAUCGACGGGCAAAUGGACUAUUGCCGGAGAGUGGACUGGCGCCAUGACCGACUGCACCAAGUGGUUGAACGGCAAGGACAAGGGCGCACGUUACGACGGCACUCUUGACGGAAGCUCCAAGGUGGGCAGCUGCGACGGCAAGUAUACCGGCACUGUUGGCAACCUUUCGGAAGACUACAAGACGGGCAUGCGGCGCUACAUUGAGGCCCAGCUUGAUGGGUUCGAGAUGGCCAGCGGAUGGAUUUUCUGGACGUGGAAGACGGAGAGCUCGCCAGAGUGGGACAUGAAGGCUUUGCUGGCCAACGGCGUCUUCCCACAGCCACUGACCUCGCGAAAGUUCCCUGGCCAGUGCAACUAAGCAGUUUGACAUUGCGGUCGUAGUGCGCAGAUAGUUUGCUAUUCUCUGCUGUUGUUGCACGAUGAUCUGCACACGAAGCUUGCUCGACGGGCAAGAGAGAUGUGCGAGAAGCGCACUGACGAGAGAUGACGAGAUGACGAUGUUACGAAUCCCAUUCCGCCUCGAAGAUACCCCGACGCGUUCGCUCGUUUUCCACCCGGGGCCCCACCUUGCAAGCUUUAAGUACAGAGUUUACCUGGCACACGAAUGUCACGGUUUCAGGAGCUGGGUACGAGCAAGUUGUUUCUAGGGUGUUGGCCCCCCCCCUGGUUGUGAAGAUGAGCCCAAGAGAGGUGCAGUCGGCGCAUUGUAUAUAUGACAUGAAUUUAGCAGCCUAGUUAGUGGAAUUUUAGAGAUGAAUUGAAUCCCAACAAGUAUACUG